AUGAAGGUGGACCGGGUAUAUGAGCAAAGGGGCAAAUCUCAGCAGCAGUUAGCUCACUUCUCAUUUGCCAGAACACUAAUAAAACCUUCUCCGGCGGCCAUGGCUUCCGAGAAAGAGGCUGCUCUCGCGGCCGAUCCUUCUGAUUCUCCGACCAUAUUUGACAAGAUUAUCAACAAGCAAAUUCCGGCCAACAUCGUGUACGAGGACGACAAGGUUCUAGCUUUCAGGGACAUAGCUCCACAGGCACCUACACACGUCGUGCUUAUUCCUAAAGUAAAAGACGGGUUAACUGGGAUUUCAAAGGCUGAAGAAAAGCACUGUGAAAUUCUCGGCCAUCUACUUUACACAGCCAAGCUAGUUGCGAAACAAGAAGGCCUCGAUGAUGGCUUCAGGCUUGUGAUUAAUGAUGGGCCGAAUGGAUGCCAGUCUGUGUACCACCUGCAUGUUCAUCUGCUCGGGGGGCGCCAAAUGAACUGGCCUCCUGGCUAA